CGGCAUUCGUUUGGACCUCGCAACCAGUUCGUGUUCGAACGUACUAUAAGGUGCACACAUUUCUGUGGAGCGUGUGUUUCGCCUUUUUCGAAUCUGCCGUCGAUACUUUUUCGUGUUGCGAGUGUUGCAACUUGCGCGAGUCUUGCCGUUGCCGCCGCCGCGUUUUUUACGUUUUUGUGUUGGCCAAGAAACAAGAAGAAAAAAAAAACAGCCAUAACAAGGCACAAGAGUUGACCCUUUGUUUACGCUUUUGGCUUGGUGACAGAUACUCCCUGCAAUCCUUGAGAUACUUUCCCCGUUUUUGGCCUAAUGCCGAGUCGGGCUUAUCGGCCGGUUGCUGUGUUGCUUGCUGUGUUGCCGGUGACUGUGAACAUACGUAAUCGAAGCUGAGCUGUUUACCAAAUAAGCACUUCAGUUGACAUUUAAUGUAGGAGCUAUAUAUCCUUCUUCCAAGGCGAGAGUGUGUGCGAGAGAGAGAGUGAGUGUGUGAGAGGGAGAAAGCACGAGAGAGAAAGAGUGAUUUUGGAUCUAGAGACAUAUCCUGUGGGAUAUGGCCGCCUAUACGCAAUUUGGAUACGGAGGCUUCCCGUCGGCCUCUCAGCUCCUGCCCCCGAACGCCCAGCCGACGGAGGACACUUCCGCGAACGUGAACGACGGCUCGCUGGUGAUGACAAACGCCCCGGCGAUGAGCCCCGCGGGUGGUGCGGACUGUCAGUCCGCCAGCCAAGCGGCCGCUGGAGGAGGAGGAGGCGGCGGCGGCAGCAGAGGCGAUGGCUCCUCGGGGGCCCUCAGUCCAAAUGCGCUUUCCCAGAACUCAAAUACUGGGGCAGUGGCCGCGGGGGUGGUGGCGGGUGGAGCUGGAGGAUCCUCGACCGGAGCCGUGACCGUGCCUGGAGCUGAUCUGGCCACCGGUGGCUCCCUGGACGGCAGUGGUGUGGGCACAACACCCUCGGCCGGCGGCGGCUCCUGCUGCGAGAACGGGCGACCCAUUAUGACCGACCCUGUGUCCGGGCAGACUGUCUGCUCCUGCCAGUAUGACUCCGCCCGCCUCGCCCUCUCCAGCUACUCGCGCCUGCCGGCUGCCAGUGUAGGGGUCUAUGGUACGCCCUACCCCUCCACCGACCAGAAUCCCUACCAGAGCAUUGGAGUGGACAGUUCCGCCUUCUAUUCGCCACUGAGCAAUCCGUACGGGCUGAAGGACACUGGCGCGGGCCCGGAGAUGGGUGCCUGGACAUCUGCAGGACUCCAGCCCACCACGGGCUACUAUUCCUACGAUCCCAUGUCGGCCUAUGGCUAUGGAGCCAGUUAUGAUCUCGCAGCUCGUCGUAAAAACGCCACAAGGGAGUCCACGGCCACCCUGAAAGCCUGGCUGAACGAGCACAAGAAGAACCCGUAUCCCACCAAGGGGGAGAAGAUCAUGCUGGCCAUUAUUACCAAGAUGACGCUCACCCAGGUAUCCACCUGGUUCGCCAAUGCCCGGCGUCGCCUGAAGAAGGAGAACAAGAUGACCUGGGAGCCCAAGAAUCGCACCGACGACGAUGACGACGCCUUGGUGUCCGACGACGAGAAGGACAAGGAGGACAUGGAGUCGAGCAAGGGCAACCAGAGCGGCAGCUUGGCCAAAGAUGAGACCAAAGAGGAGGAGGAUGCCAUCGAUGAGGACCAGAAGUGCUUGGGCCAGGCCAAUAUUCUGCGAGCAGGCUUCGGUUACCCCUCGGGAGGGGGUGGCGGAGGCGGCUACCAUGGCGGUGGUGGUAGUGGCUCUGCCGGUGGCUACCACCCGUAUCAUCAACAGCAUCCCGCUCACUACCAGCCCGGGCAGCAGGGGAUAAUGCCGACGCCGUUCCACGGGGGCGGUGGCGAGGCCAAGGUGCACGGGACAAGUGAGCAAGGGGAUCCAAAAAACCACCUAGGCCGGGACUGUGGCGUGCCGAUUCCAGCUACCAAGCCCAAGAUCUGGAGUCUGGCCGACACAGUUGGCUGCAAGACCCCGCCGCCGGCCUACAUGGGUCACCAGGGGGGUCAUCCAGGCGGGAUGCCGCUGCAGCAGCACCAACAAUACCCUCCGGUUCAGAUGCAACCAGAGCUGGCCCAGGGAAUGGGACCACAGCAGCCGCAGCAGCAGCAGGUGGGUCAGCCGCAGCACCACCACCAUCUCUUCAAUGGAGCCGCGGCGGGUCAUCCCUACCUGAGGCCGCACACCACGGCAUACGGGGGUUUUCUAGGGGCUACGACCCAGCAGCUGCAUACUACGAGCAACAGCAACAGCAGCAGCAACAGCAGCACCACCAGCAACAACUGUACUCCCUACAGCAGCAGUAUGCCGCGGCAGGAGCAGCAGGUGGCCACCAGCAGAGGGAACGCGAACGGGAACGUGAACGGGAGCGGGAUCGGGAGCGGUACACCUACCAUCCAUACUACGGCAAGUUCGGAACGAUACCAGCUCCAUCAGCUGCAGCGGCAGGCACAUCCGAGUCAGCGGGCGAUGGGGUUUCCCGAAGCCCAACCCGAUACUCCACCCCAAACUCCGCCGAAUAUGAAGGUCCUGAGCGGAGCUUUGAGUCUCCUGCCUACCAUCGCUUCUCAAGCCCCUAUGACCGCUACCUGUCGCAGCAGUAGCACUAAUGCCUUCGGCUACUUCUCGGCCAGACUGGGGGAGUACUCGCCCCGGGACGACUUCAGCAGCGGGAACAGCAGCAGCAGUAGCUCCUCCUCGCCCCAUCCGCACCAGGAGGCCAUGUUCAAGCCGCUCUUUAGGAAGUUUGCCAACUAAGCUGCCUAACAAAAAUAAAAUCAAGUUAUAUAUUGAAAUCAUAAUUAAGGGCCCAGUGGGAUUGUGCAAGCAUGUUCGAUGACGAAUGAUGGAUUGUGUAAUAUUAAUCGUAUACCGCAUCAAAAAUCUUAUUAAUAGAGAUAACUUCAAGUUUCAUUCGAGUUAUGCAUCGUCGUAUUUAGAGUACCAGAUCAAAUGUUUCUCUUCAAAAUGCAAUUUAAGCUUAGGUUUAAAUACUAAACUAGCGCAAUAAGAUUGUAAACUGUGAUACGUUUUUCAUUGUCUAACAGACUUUACACUAAACACUUUGUCUCUAUGAACACAUAAUCUAAAUAAUUUUAAAAUUCGUUUAAUAAAAUUCUUUAUAAUCAU